UUCUGUCAACAGGCUCUGCGAGAAACAACCUGCAUAAGCAUAAUUAUAAAUACUUAUGUGCAAUUUUCUUACGCUGCGCUAAACACACACACAUACGUACAAUGAAUGCAAGUAUUCGGUCAAAGUGUGAAGCUAGGCUAGACGUUUGACUACCUCAAAACAAAGUAAAACGCUAGAUAAGCUAGUUCGCUUCUAUGUGCAUGAUUUGAAGGAAUGCAGUCAUUUUUGCCGUUAGGACAGGAUACUCGGGAUGAAAACAAAAUGAAAAAGGUACAUAGCGGAUCUAAUUCUUCAAAUGAAAACGAUUAUGAAUGGGAAGACAACGAGAAACAGAGUUUAUCGUUAUCAAAAUGGUGCAGGCCAUCGUGUAUUCCGAUUUCUAUGGUGCUUAUUUUGAUAGUAUUAGUUGUUUUGUUACCUUUGCUGGAUCAGAAUGAAAAAUUGUAUUAUUUAAGAGCAAGGACAAAUCGACUAAAAAAGGAUAUAUGUGAUCAAGGAUGCAACAUACAAAUAGUAGAAAGCAUACCGGAAGGAUUAAUAUAUCCUAAAGGUAGUCCAACAUUUAUGUCAACCUAUGACGCAUGGAAAUCUUUGAUAGGUUUAGCAGAACAUACCAUUGAAAUAGGAUCGUUCUAUUGGACAAUGAAAGGUGAAGAUGUCUAUAACCAUUCGAGUGCAUGGCAAGGAGAAGAUAUUUUCAAAACUCUCCUUGAAACAGGAUUAAAUGGUAAAAUUGCGAUUAAAAUAGUUCAGAGCGCACCAACCUCUGCUAAUCCGAGUAUCGAAACGGAUAUUUUGAUGAAGAGAAAUGCAGCUACAGUGCGGUCAGUUGAUUUCCCACGAUUGUUUGGAGGAGGAGUUCUACAUACAAAAGUGUGGACUAUCGAUAGAACUCAUUUUUAUGUGGGAAGCGCGAACAUGGAUUGGCGAUCGUUGACCCAGGUUAAAGAACUUGGCGUUUUAGCAACUAAUUGCUCUUGCUUAGCUACAGAUAUAGCAAAAAUAUUUGAUGUAUACUGGGCCAUGGGAAUACCCAAUGCACAAAUUCCGUCUCAAUGGCCUGAAGCUUAUGCAACCAAAUAUAAUGCAAACAAUGCGCUUUCGGUUCAAUUUAACAACAAAUUCAAAGUGGACACAUAUUUUGCGAGCUCUCCACCACCUAUGUCAACACAGGGUCGCACAAAUGAUCUGGAUGCAAUACUCAAUGUGAUAGGACUUGCAGAAACAUUUAUUCACAUAUCUGUGAUGGAUUACUUUCCUCUUACUCUGUAUACAGCUAAAUCACAAUAUUGGCCGAUAAUCGAUGACGCUCUUCGUAAAGCAGCUAUUGAACGGAAGGUGACCGUGCGACUGCUUAUUUCGCACUGGAAACAUUCACGAAAAUCUGAACAAUACUUUCUUAAUUCAAUUGAGGCAUUGUCAAACAGUAUCCCAGGAGUAACGAUUGAGGUCAAACGUUUCAUAGUUCCCGCCAAUAAUGAUCAAGACAGAAUUCCAUACGGCAGAGUAAAUCAUAACAAGUAUAUGGUCACAGAUAAUACUGCCUAUAUUGGCACUUCCAAUUGGUCAGGAGACUACUUCAUCAACACUGCAGGGAUUGGUUUAGUGAUGUCUACUUUUGAAACCAAUGGAACUAUGGUUAGUGAUCUGCAGGCUAUUUUCGAUAGAGAUUGGAGCAGCAAAUACGCUGUCAGAAUGGAUUAGUAAGAAUAAUUUUAUUACGUAUCUCACAUUUGUAGCAAUAUAAUGCGUACCACGAAUAUAA